AUGCCCGACGAUAGAAAGAAAAUGCUCAAAACUGGUGUUCUUCUUAUGGUUGCCGUCAUCCUGGGUGUUGCCGUUUUUUCUUACGCCAGUGUCGCGAGUGCAGGUGGUCAGGAUGGUCCUCAUGCUGUCGUGGGAAGCGUUGAAUCAGCACGGACCAACAUAAACAUGUCCACUGUGGCUCAAGUUCCUGACAAUUUGACUCAAGAUGCUUCCUUCGGUGGUGGGGAUGGUGCUCAAGCAGUCGUGGGACAUCCUUCCUUUGCUGAAGUCACCGAUAGGGGAAAUAUCGAACCAGCACAAGCCAACAUUAAAAUGUUGUCUCAUACCAAGAGUGGUAUGCCCAUCAUGACUAUGGUGCCUGACGAUUUGACACAAGACGCUACCUUUGGGGUCAGUUUCCGAACUCGCAUUUCAGACAAUCGCGGCAUGGCCACCAUUACUGAACACUCGGUUCAAGCUGGAUCCAAGGCAUACCCGGUUAGGGACCCCAUCAAUCGACUACGAGCUGGAUCCUUGCAGACACAUCUGGAAACUUGGUCCGACCUUGAUCGUACCAGUUUUACCAUGGCCUCUCGUAACUUAAAGGAUUUCAAGAACUCCAUGGCAGUGAUGUUGGAUGGUAUCUUUCAUCCAUUGUUGGGAGAUGUUCACUACGAAUGGAUCUACCGUCAAGAGGGAUGGAGACUUGAAACCAACGAGGAUCAAACAAAUCUAUACAUUAGCGGAAAUGCCUACAAUCGUGCCCGUGCUGCCCAAAUGUUCCCCGACGUAGUAUUGGAUCACUUUGUUUACAGCCGGCUCUUCAAGGGACAUACCUAUGGAUACAAUCCCAAGGGAUUGUGGAACGAAACUCUUUCCGGAGCUCGUGACCACAUGAUCAAAUUCUAUAACUCGUGGUACCAACCAUCCAAUGGACGCGUUUUCUGUUAUGGUGCUCCCGAAUAUAUCAAUGCUUGUUUGGAUGCUGUUGAUGAGGCUGUCACUCGCAUGUUGAAUGAUCAAGCCAAAAAGUUGGAAGAGAACGGAGGUAUUUCUAUCCUGGAGGAAUUGGGUGUCAGUUUGCCGGAAGACUCCAAGGUCGAUUUCAAAAAGCUCAAUUCCAUCAACUCGGUCGAAGAACGGGUUCCAUAUCCCAGCUAUGACCGACGUGAACGACGUGGUGACUUUCGCCUCUCCAUUUCAUGGGUUCUCAACGACAAGCCAAUGGAUAGGCGUACCGAAGUAGCCUGGUACUUGAUUUGGGAAAUAUUGGCUGGACCCUCGGGCUUCUUAAGCCCUGAUCCCAUGUCACAAAUCGAUACUAACCUCCAACAAUGGGUCAUGACCAUAGGAGUCAGCGGUCUUCCCACCGAAGCUGCGGCGGGUGAGGCCCGUACCAACAUUACAAACAUGCUGGGCGAACUUUCUCAAAACGGCUUUGAUCACGAGGUCAUGGCGAUCGGAUUAAACGAGGUGGAAUUCAUGUUGCGUGACAUGAACACUCCUGAUGGUUCUCCACUAGGUGUCCACAUGUUCAAGACAGUCAUGCGCAAGUGGAACUACGACUUGGAUCCUACCUUGGCUUUGACUCAGAUGGACGAGUUCAAAUCUCUUCGAGCUCAAUUGGAAGACCCAGAUAAUCUUGAGGGAAUGGAGUUCAUCUUGGAAUUGAUGACGAAGGGACUUUCCAAUAAUACUGCUCAAGCCAUUGCUACCCUUUAUCCUAGUAAAGAGUUGCGAAUCAAUGCUGAAAAUAACGAGUAUAAGUGGUUGAGGUUGCACGAAUCCGACGAAGACUGGUACAAGGCCAAUCGAACCGAGUUCAUCCGUCAAACUGCCGAAUUCCACCGCGUCGAGCAACAAGGUGAAUCCGAAAUGGACAUCGCCACCAUUCCACGCUUGUCGCCUAAGGAUGUGCCAAAGAAAGCAUUUGAAAUUCCCACCAAAGUUACAGAAGGCGUUUUCGAUUCCGACCUGACCAUGAUUGAGAACAUUGUUCCCGACUCAAAUAACAUUACCUAUGUGGAUUUCACCAUUGAUAUUUCGGUCAUGCCCUUUAAGGAUGUCAUCUUGCUUCCGCUCAUUUGUCGUUUGCUUGUUUUUGCUGGCACUGAGCACAAAUCCGAUUGGGAGAUUCAAGAUCAAAUUGACCUGUACACUGGAGGAUUGACCAUCGAACCACUUGUGGAAGAAGUCUACGAGUUCCAAGAAGAUUACGGAUAUAAGGUUGCCAGUGGCAAGCACAUGAUCACCAAGCUUUUGGUCCGCACGUCUUGCCUCGCCGAAAAGGGAUGUGGUGAAGCCUUUAACUUGAUCAAGACUGUCAUUUACGACUCGGUGAUUGACGAGCGUGAAAAGAUCAUUGACAUUCUCCACAGCAUUGUAGAAGAUAUGGAAGAUGAUGUUCAGCGCAAUGGCAAUGCUUACCUAUUUCAAAGCAUCCAGUCUCGAUACACCUUGCCUGGAUUCAUCCGAGAACAAUGGUUUGGAAUCACUCAACUCUACAAGGCCCGUGCUCUCCUUAAAGACGGUGCUAACUACUCGAGAUGGUGGGAGAAGUUUUUCACACGACUCUUGAUAGCACAUGACGCCAUCAAGCGCACUCACCACUCCGGACUAUUGUUGAGUAUCACAGGCGACGAGAAGGCUAUCAAGGACAUUGGUGAUGCGGUUCGUACAUUUGUCAAGGAUACGCUUCCGCCUGCUGCUCAGAGGACCCCAUUCCCUGAUUUUGCCAAGGUAGAGCACCCCUGGGUGGUUAACGGCAACUUGACGAUGAAUAAACGGUACGCACAAAAUCUCGCUUUUUUAAUUCCAACAUUGGCGAAUGAUGUUGCAAUGGGAGGACUCUUGUUUCAACCAGGAGAGCACAUUAGUGGAGCUCAUAUGGCUGCUGUUCAAUACUUGGGAGGCUUCUUUUUGAACGAAAAAAUCCGCUCCAAUCUUGGCGCUUCGCAAGCUUGGGCACAAUUGGAUAUGGAUUCUGGGGCUUUGAUUUAUUACAGCGAGACAACGCCGAGUAUGAUAUCGACAUUCAAGAUCUUCCGUGAUGCUGCUGGUUGGGUGCAGCAACAAAUGGACGGGCACAAAAGUUUAGCAGUAGAAGCACAAGCCGCAAUUAUUGGAACGGUUGGCAAGAUAGAUGGAAGUGCCCUUCAGCCGGAUGAUGUCAGUCAUGUUGCUCUUCUUCAGUUCUUGAAGCAAGACACUAAGGAAGGAAGAAAAAAAUUGAGGGAGGAAGCCUUGCAGGCUACAAAAGAGGACUUUAUCUUCGUUGCCAACAGACUUGCCAGUUGGGGUGGUGAAAGUAUUUAUGUCAUGACGAAUGAAGGGUCACUCGACCAGUUUAACAGCAUCACAUCGGGCAGCAUUACACCGUGCACUCUGGUGGGUCCGAGUUCCACUUAUUGUUCAAACUACCACCAGUAG